AACGAAAAACAGAACGGACUGUGUGAAAAGCGAACGCUAAAGUUGCCACCAACAGCCCCGGAACAGCGAUGGAACUAGCGGAUCUACCGAACGAGCUGCUGGAAAAAAUCUUCAACUUUCUGCCGGUGAACGAGCUCGUCAACGUCGUUUCGCUCGUCUGCUCCGCCUGGUGUGAUGUAAUCCGAACGUUCGUGCUGCCCAAGCAGGGCCUACUGCACGUUCGUCCGGUACAUCCCGUAACACACCAGCUAAUUGCCAUGGAGACGGUCCUGAAGGAGCAAGCGGUGAAACCAUUCCCCUGGACCAACCUGAAGCUAACCAUUCCCAAUGGGGACCUACCCGGUCAACCAGAGUUUAUGCGCUUCUUCAACCAGCAAGGACACUCGCUCAAAACGCUCACCAUCCAGUGUACCGAGCUUACGGUGGACAUUCUUGCCGCGUUCCCCACGCUCUACAACCUCGAAAGUCUCUGCAUCGUCAGCGAGUCGGAAUCGCUGUACGGGCCCGUGCCAGCGAACGUCGAGAUGGCCCUAACCUCCCUCAAAUCGCUCACCCGCCUCCGGCUGCAUCUGCCCUCGUACACCAUCCUGCGCAGUGUCGCCUUCCUGAGCGGCGCAAGGCUCGUGUCGCUAGCGCUCGAACGGUUCGAGAUGGAGCUACACCACCUGCGCCCCCUGCUGGACGAUCAUCAUCGCACGUUGCGCGAGCUGACGGUACGGGUGGAGGAAAUGAAACCACUGCUGACGCUGCUAAACUCCUACCCGUCGCUCCAGCUUCACCGACUAAAUGUGAAGAGUGCCGGCAAUGAGGACGACUUUUCCGACGCCCUGGUCCAGCUGUACGACCAGCAGCCGCAGCUCCGUGCGCUUACGAUCGGCUCGGAACUGUCCCUGCGGGCGGUCGACGCACUGCCGCAGAAGCUGCUCCACCUGCAGGAGCUGGAGCUGAUUGCGGAAAGCAUCAACAACUGUAAGGCACUGAGCGAGCUGCGGCAUCUGCGCCGGCUUACGCUGUGUCUGUACGAUGUCCGGGCGUGGGACGAAACGGUACAGCUCGAGGGUGUGACGGAGCUUUCGCUCGCGGUAACAUUUCCACUAAUUUCCCCAGCCAUAUUUUGCUCCUUUCCGUGCGUGGAGCGGUUGUAUCUGGAGGACGUAGACGACGAUACGCUGAUGCGCGACAUUGUGGUCGUGCGCACGCUGAUGGCGUGUAUGCGGCAGGUGCGCGUGCUCGAUCUGGAAAACUUUGUGUUUAAAGAGCGCGAAAUCCUGAACGAUGGUGUGGUGCGGUUUGAGGAGAUGGAGCGGCUGGAGUGCUUGAAGUAUAGCUGCCGCGAUAUGUCGGACGCGUCGCUGCUGACGAUGAACCUGCCGGUGCUGCGGGAACUUUACCUCACGCACUGUCCGAAUGUUUCCUUCGAGGGCUUAUCGUACCUUGUGCGCAACUGUCCGCUUAUUGAGCGGUUGCAUCUGGAGUCGAACAAGCGUGGGUUAGAGGAUGAGGCGUUGGAGUUAAUUACACGCAAGCUGACCCAUCUGAGGAUGUUGGUGCUGGUGAACCUGCGAGCGCUGACGAACGUUUCGCUCGAUUCGAUCGUUAACAAUUGCUUCUAUCUGAUGGAGCUCACCAUAACACACUGUGUUGGUAUUACGCUGGAAAAAGGAGCCGCCAUCGAGAAGCUUUCGGUUGUAAAAUCGUUGAAAAAUUUAAUUUACAGCUAAUUCAAGCGUUUAAUGUUGACGACAUCGAAAUUGCCGUAAAAUGCUUAUGGAAGCUUUUGCGAAAUGCAUUGCUUAAAAAACACGCGUCUUUGUUCAGUGAGCAAAUGAAGAAACUCCUUAUUGCACAAAUAAACCGUCCAGCUGAAGGAAACGCUUAAACAAAUAAACCAUGCGUUACUAAAUUUCGGGACUUUUGA